AUUCGGUGCAAUGGCAACGGUAGGCCGAACGAGUCGCCCGACGCUCGGCACGACCCGGUCGCGCCUGCGCUCGCUGGCCGACCCCGCCGCCGGCAUGGCCUCGACGUUGCGUUCGGUCGCCGCCGACGUAAUGAGCCCGAUGCCUCCUGGGGUUUCGAGCACCGUCCUUCUGCGCGGCCGGCAGCUGAGGGCCGUCCCGGGCCGCAUGUCGCAGAUGACCGGGACCUCGGCGGGCGGCGACUUGGUGGGCAACGCGUGGCGUGACGAGGACACGUCAGCCGGCGGCAACAAUGCCUUCGAGCUGUUACUCAUGGGGGGCAACGGGUGGUCCCUGCUCAUCGGGCUCGCCAUAUGGCUCUGUGGGUUCGUGCUGCUCGCCUUCGUUGUGUCGCUGGUCUAUCCGCAGGCGCCCCAGACGCUCUGCAGUCAGCCGGCCUGUCUGCGGCUAGACCGCGCCAUGGCGAGCUCGGUCAACUUGCGCCGCCACCCCUGCGACGACUUCUUCGCGUACGUCUGUCCUGCGACCGAGGCAGACCGCAAGGCUAGAGUUAUGCUCCGGGAGAGCGAGUUCAACGCGGUCGUGGAGCGGGCACUCUCAGAGGAUUCCAAGUUUCACGGCCUGGGCAAGCUACGCGACGAUUGCAUCCGCUACCGGAGCACGGGCUCCGUGCGCACCAAAGACAUUCUGCAUCUAUUGCACCACUACAUGGGACUCUUCGGGUGGCCGCUCUCCACUCCUCCCGGCCUAACAGCCUCGGAGCUCUUCGAGCUUAUCGUGAAGGUGCGCUCUAUAGAACACAUCGCUCGCUAA